CACAAGUGACGUCAUCGUCUUGACGUUUUAUUUAUAACCUUACUUUAUGCAUUAAGUAAUUCAUGCAAAAUAUUUAAAAGAUAUUAUUAUUAUGAACAAUUAUAAAGUUUUAAAGAUACUGGCUACAAAACAAAAUGUAUUCGUGCGUUACAAAUGUUCCCAAAGGAAAAUUUUGCCCAAGGAUAGGGCUUUGGAGCAUUUUGAUGAGUUUUAUCUUCAAGUUUUUGGAAACAAGUGGUCCUCUGUAAGACAGGGAUUAUUGGGCAAACAAAAAUAUGUGGCUGUAAUCAAUAACUAUUCUGAUACAGAACAAGUUAUAUCUACACUAGAAAACUGUGGAGCUUUAAAUAUGCGAGCUCUUUUUAAUGUAAGAAAACAAAAUUUACAAGAGAAUUAUGAUGUACUGAAACGUGAUAGGUAUUUAAGAAAAAUUUGGAAGCUAGAAAAAGAACUAGAUAAAAGUGUAAACAGUGUAAAUGAACAUUCAGAAGAAGAAACAAAAUUUAAUGAGCAAUUUGACAAAUAUAAAAUGUUAUCGUUGAACUACAAAUUAAAUCAUGCAAAUUACGAUGAUUCAAGGUACAUAGACUGUACUGCAGGACUCUCAGCAAAUACUCUUCAGGAGUUUAUACCAGCAACACAGAUCAAAGGAAAAGACAAAGAUUAUGUUUUGGAGUCUGAAUAUUAUGAAUAUUGUAAAGAAGAUGGAGAUUUCAAUAUUCCUGUAGAAAAAGAAUAUGACUUAAACUUUCCAGAACAUUUAAAUGUAUAUUGUUUUCCUGAAGGGAGUGGAAAUAAGUUCACUCAACCUCGUAAAGGUUCUACAGGUGUUCACAACUAUUAUAUUCUUGAUGGGGGUUCUGUUCUUCCUGUGUUGGCUCUUGAUAUAAGACCUGGCAAUACAAUAAUGGAUUUAUGUGCUUCUCCCGGUGGUAAAAGUUUUAUAGCACUUCAAACAUUAUAUCCAGAUUGUGUUGUUAGCAAUGACAUUUCAAAAUCGAGAACUGAUAGGAUCUAUAAAGUAUUAGGAGAAUAUUUUUAUGACUUAGAGGAGAGGUGGUUGAAAACAAAACGGAUUAAAGUUACACAGAAUGAUGGGAGACUUAUCAGCGGUGAAUAUUAUGACAGAGUUUUAGUUGAUGUACCAUGUACGACUGAUAGACAUUCAGUGAAGGAAAAUGACAAUAAUAUUUUCAAAUCAACCAGAUUAAAAGAACGUUUAAAAUUACCUGAAUUUCAAACUGAACUGUUAGUGAGUGCUUUAAAAAUGGUCAAGAAAGGAGGCAUAGUUGUAUAUUCAACAUGUUCUUUGAGUCCCGUACAAAAUGAUGGUGUUGUGUAUAUGGCCUUACAGGAGCUUUGGGAGGAUAGUAAUAUGGAAUUUGUUGUCAAGAAUUUGAAUUUUGCACUUGCUCAGACUCAAGAUGUGUUUAAACUGGCGGAUGCAAAUAUUUUUAGAUAUGGCAAUGUAGUUUUGCCCAGUACACAUCAGAAUUAUGGUCCAACAUAUUUUUGUAAAAUACAGAGAAUUAAGUAAUUAGUAUGCUGUUUCAUGUGUGAUAAUUUUGUUUUUUAGAUUGUGUAUAUUAUUUUUUUUUUGCGAAACGAAUUAAUAUUGCUAAUGAAAGGUCUUGAAAAUCAAAAAUUGUAUUGAAAUUUUUUUUUUGUAAAAAAACAUUCUUAAUGCACAUCCUGUGUACAAGAUAUUCUUUAAAUUACGAAUUAACAUUAAAAUUAAGUUUUAAUUACAAUUUUUUUUUUCA